UUAUUGUAAUUAACAACAACAACAAAACUUUCAACAAAAACAACAACAAAACAAACAACAAAUACAUAUAUCAUAAUAAUCGCCUAUCGUCACCUUCAAUACCAAAUUCAGCUCCAAUUGUAAUUUUUCCAAAAUUCUGCUCAUGUUAUUUUUUACUUGGUAUUCCUCACUAAGAAAAUUGGUCAGGUUGGAUUUACUAAUUUUGCCAAUUCAUGUUAUUGCAACUCAAUAUUACAAAUACUUCUACACACGCCAAAUUUUGCAAAACUUUACGCUAGCAACACGAUCAAAGACCAAAUCAACGAAAACAACAACAGAAAUACCAAAGGCUAUAUCAUCUACCAUUCUUGGAGACCAUUACAAUGGUGAAACUCAGCAGGCUUCGCUACAUUUCCAUGAGCAGCUUUUAAGGGCACUUGCUGAGGAUGUUAACCAAGUCAACUUUCCCGAAGACUUCUUCAACAUUUAUUUGAUUGAUGUGUCAACUGCUGCUAAUGACUACGCUGCAAAAAAACGCCGAAACAUGUCCUCUUCAGUGAACGACAUGUUUUGCGCUGUCCAGAUCACGGUUUUAUCUUGUUCAUGCUCAUUGAACCAGACAAUAUUUGAGGACAAGAUCAGUCUAAACAUCAACGUAACGUUUGAUGCUUCUAAUAUUGACCUGCUUGGAUGUUUGGCAAGACAUUUUCAAACUUGGACUUCCAACGUGAAGUGUCAUAGCUGUUCUAAGCCCCAACUCCCAGCGAGAAUUUAUUUUUGGAGGUUGCCACCCAUCUUAAUCAUUCACUUGGGACGAUGGAAAGAUGGGGAAAAGAACGAGCGAUUUGUUGACUUCCCAUUGGAGAAUCUCGACAUUUCGCCAUAUCUCCACCCAAAUUCACAAGUUAAUGGAAUGGGGCUUUAUUCACUAUAUGGAAUACUGCAACACCACAUCGUCGAUGCUGAAAAUGGACAUUUCACAGCAAAGGUGAAGAACAUCCAGGCUAAUGACUGGAUGUUGUGCAACGACACCGUAGUUUCGGAAAUUAAUGCAGCUGACGUCAAAGUAAAAAUACAAUUAAAUUAA